AUGGCGUUUCUUUAUAGCAGUGCCCAGUGCAGGAGAGGCUCGUUGUUGAGAGAGUUGGUCUACAAAUGCAACCAUCUUUUUGCAUGGAUUUUUUUUCUGUUUCAGAAGGAAGAUGUCAUUAACGCGGAAAGAGACGAAAGACUGUCCCUUCGGAAGCAUCGCUUCAUGCAUUUUGCAUCGCUGGAGUAUGAAGGAGAAUAUUACAUGACACCAAGAGAUUUCUUGUUCUCAGUAGUGUUUGAUCAAGUUGAACGUAAAGCCUCAGCCAAGAAACUGACAAAAAAGGAGGUAGAUGCUGCGCUGCUAUGCGUUGCCAAAGCUAAACCAGGACCGACUUUUUUUAGAGAGCUUGGUGAUAAAGGGCUGAUAUCUUAUGCAGAGUACCUAUUUUUGCUGACAAUCCUUACGAAACCCCAGACUGGAUUUCAGAUUGCCUUUAAAAUGUUGGAUACAGAUGGCAAUGAACAAGUUGAAAAGAAAGAGUUCUUUAAGCUACAGAGAAUCAUUGGGAAGGAAGAUGAUUUGAAAACAGCUGGAGAUGAAACAGUGUUUCGGGGAGCAGAACUGGAAAGCUGUGGGGUUAAUACCAUGUUGCUGGUCCAUUUCUUUGGAAAAGAAGGAAAGGAAAAACUUCGCUAUUCUGAGUUUUUCAGGUUCAUGGAAGAUCUGCAAACAGAAGUCCAAGAAAUGGAAUUCAUAAAGUUUUCAAAGGGUUUGAAUGUCAUGAGAAAAGAAGACUUUGCAGAAUGGUUACUGUACUUCACCGAUGAGGAAAACAAUGAAAUUUACUGGCAGAAUGUGAAAGACAGAAUUGAGGCAGGAGAGAAUAUCAGUUUGGAAGAAUUCAAGACAUUUUGCAAGUUUACAAACAACUUGGAAGACUUUUCUAUCGCCAUGCAGAUGUUUACUGUAGCCAAUCGUCCUGUUAAACGGGCUGAAUUCAAGAGAGCUGUGAAGGUGGCAACAGGACAGGAGCUCUCAGAUAAUGUUUUGGAUACCAUCUUCAAGAUUUUUGAUCUAGAUGGAGAUGACUGCCUGAGCCAUGGCGAGUUUCUUGGAGUCCUGAGGAACCGAAUUCAUCGAGGUUUGAGGGUACCGCAACAGCAAGGCAUUCAAGGUUACUGGAAGUGUGUGAAAAGAGAAAGCAUUAAAGGAGCCAAAGAAGUGUGGAAACAAACUGGGAAAAGUCCUUUUUAA